AUGUCGGAGGAGAAGAAUCCAGCGGAGACAGCAGAAGUCUGCGCUGAGGAUGUGGACUGUCCCGGGGAAGAGACGUUCCGCUUCGGAGACGACCUGGAGCUGAAUCAGUUCGACGGAUUGCCCUUUUCCUCGCGGUACUACAAACUGCUGAAGGAGAGGAAGACUCUGCCUGUGUGGAAGCUCAGGUGUGAGUUCGAGGAAGCUCUGCUGAGCAACCAGCUGGUUAUUGUGAGUGGCACAGCAAAGACUGGGAGGAGUACCCAGAUCCCUCAGUGGUGUGCAGAGGUCUGCCUGUCUGCCCAGUACCAGCAUGGCAUUGUCGUGUGCACGCAGACCAACAGGCAGCAGGCCGUGGAUCUGGCCCUGCGCGUGGCUGAUGAAAUGGACGUGAACAUCGGCCAUGAAGUGGGUUACACCAUCCCUCUGGAGACCUGCUGCUCCCCCGACACGGUCCUGAGAUACUGCACAGAUGACAUGCUGCUGAGAGAGAUGAUGUCAGACCCUUUCCUGGAGCACUAUGGAGCCAUUAUUAUCGACCAGGCCCACGAGAGGACCGUUAGCACAGACAUACUACUGGGUCUCCUCAAGGACAUCCUGCUGCAGAGGCCAGAGCUCCGGGUGGUGGUCCUCUCCGUCCAGCCUAUGACUGACAAGCUGCUGAAACAAUACGGCAGCAUCCCUCUCAUCGAUCUGGAGGCCACGUGUCCUGCUGAGGUGGUCCACAGCAGCAGCGACAACAAGGACUACUUCUACUCGGCGCUGAGGCUGGUGCUGGAGAUCCAUCGAGCCAAAGAGGACGGAGACGUUGUCGUGUUUUUUGCCUCAGACGAGGAGGCCCGCUGUGCCCAAAGCAUCCUCCAGAGAGAAGGCACCAGGCUGGGGGCAGACUUGGGCGAGAUGGUGCCCGUGGUCCUGUGCCCAGGCCAGGGAGGCCUACUGCCUUUCCUGACAAAAAGACCAGACUCAAAGACGUCCAGGAGAGUCUUCCUCUCCACCAAGCAGGGCGAGGACAUGUGUUGGGCGAUAGAGUCACUCAACUUUGUCAUCGACACAGGAGUCCAAAAGAAAAUGGUGUACAAUCCAAGAAUAAGAGCUAACUCGGAGGUUCUUGAACCCAUCAGUCAAUGUCAGGCAGACCUACGCAAGCAGCUGUCUGGGCCAACAGGUAAAUGUUUCUGCCUGUAUCCAGAGGAGAGUCAGCUUCCUGCAGAGAACACACCACAGAUCCUGGAGUCUAACAUCACGCCAACGGCCCUAUUCUUAAAAAGGAUGGAGAUAGCCGGCCUGGGACAGUGCGAUUUCAUCGACCGACCAGAUCCCGAGGGUCUCAUGCAGGCGCUAGAGGAGCUCGACUACCUCGCGGCUUUGGAUGAUGACGGCAACUUGUCAGAGAUCGGCAUCAUAAUGUCUGAAAUCCCUCUGGAGCCUCAGAUGGCCAAAGCUCUGCUGGCGUCCUGCGAGUUCGACUGUGUGAGUGAGAUGCUGACAAUCGCAGCGAUGCUGUCUGCUCCGAGCUGCUUCCUGAAGCCACCUGCUGGUCUGAGCCAUGAAGCUGUGCAGUGUCACAGGAAGUUCCAGCAUCCUGAAGGAGACCACUUCACCCUCAUUAACAUCUACAACGCGUUCAGACAAAGCCAGAGAGAACAAUACGUAAAUUCUGAAAAGUGGUGCCAGGACUAUUUCUUGGAUCACUCUGCCCUGAAGAAAGCUGAGGCCAUUAGAUCAGAGUUGACCGACACUUUGAACCGGAUCGAGCUUCCCAUCUCGGACCCCUCGUUUGGAACCAGGACGAACACGCUCAACCUCAAAAGGGCUCUGCUGGCUGGGUUCUUCAUGCAGAUUGCUAGAGAUGUAGACGGAGCAGGAAACUAUUUCAUUCUGACGCACAAGCACAUGUCCCAGGUUCACCCGCACUCGGGUUACGGCGCUCAGUCGCAGAAGCUCGGGCUCCCGGAGUGGGUGGUUUUCCACGAGUACACUCUGUCAGAGAACAACUACGUGAGAACAGUGUCUGAAAUGUCCCCACAAGUGUUCAUUCAAAUGGUGCCGCUCUACUUCUUCUACAAUCUGCCACCUAGUGAGAGCAAAGAAAUACUGCAAGGCCUGUUGGACCCAGACGGAAACCGAAAACGGAAAGAUGAGAAACAGAAAGCUGCUUCACUGAGCAGUGAGGCAGACAGCGGCUGUGCGGUGAUGCCACAGAGCUACGACAGAUGUGUGAUUCAAUGA